CAACGAUGGCGGCCAACAGCACACACGAAGGGACGUUUCCCUGGCUUGUCAUGCUCCUGUUACCAGAAGAAUGCUACGUGGAAUUCUUCGAAAAGUUCAACUUUUUGGAUGGACCAUGCCUGAAGAUUGCACUGAGCAAAGGUUUGGGCGUUGGCAUCAUUGUUGGAUCGGUCAUGGUGAAACUACCACAGAUCAUCAAGAUACUGAUGUCUAAGAGUGGUGCUGGCAUCAAUGUGCCUGCAGUGACCGUUGAGCUGAUGGCAAUCUCAUUCACCUGGGCCUAUGCUGUAGCCAACUCCUUUCCCUUCUCAGCUUGGGGCGAGGCCUUGUUUCUUGCCGUUCAGACGUCCUGUAUCGCCGCUCUCUGCUUCUACUUCAAGGAACAGAUGCUUCAGACAAUCUUAUACGUUGUAGGUUAUAUCUCAAUCAUGUGGGCUCUACUGUCGGGGUUGGUUCCUCUCCACAUACUUGCCAUGUUGCAGGGUACCAACAUAGCAUCCACAAUUCUCAGUAAGUUGAUGCAAGCCACGACAAACUUCAACAACGGUCACACUGGUCAGCUUUCAGCAGUCACUGUCUUCCUUUUGUUCCUUGGUAGUAUUGCAAGGAUCUUUACCACGAUACAAGAGACUGGUGACACCAUGAUGACGUUGAGCUAUGUGGCUGCCACAGCGGGGAAUGGUCUUGUGGCUGCUCAGGUGCUCUGGUACUGGAAACGAACCGAGGAAUUUGUCCGACUCCAAGGGAAGAAGAAAGAAUAGAUUUAUUAUGUUUCAUAAAUUUAGGCCAACAAUUUCAUCUUUAUUAAUAGAUGGGAAUUCAUUCAGGAUAAAGAAUAUUAAUUUUGGUUUACCCAUAAACACGAACGUGUUAGGAUUCGAACUGCCUCUAGCCACUGA